AAAAUUUAGUGAAUAGUUAGUAUUAUUAUAAUUAUUAAAAAUUAAUAUGACUGAUUUGGAAAAAAUACUUCAGUCGAAAGAGCAAGCCGAGAAUGUUGUCGCAUUGAAAGGUGAUGUCGAACAAUUAACGAAAGAUGAAUCCACGAAAAAUGAAGUGUAUGUAUCGGAUAUUGGACAAGGUGAUCAUAAGAAAAAUGUAUUACCUCAAAAUAAAGAUAUAUUAAAGAAAUCGAAAUAUCCACCGGAUGAAUGUUAUGAACCAGCACAUCCAACAUCGAGUCAUGGAUGGUUAAUGGAUGAUGAAUGUAUUGUCAAAGAUAAAUGGGUGUCCGAAGUCAAGGAAAAAUUUCAAGUACCUGUUAAAUCAAGUGUAGGAAAUGGUAUUCGAUAUCAAUUACAAUAUAAGAAAGCUAUGCGAGAAGCGCUACAAGAAAUGGAGGAUGAAGAUCGUAAACGUAAUGAAUUAAAAAUUGAACCUUACGAAUCAGAAAAUGAUAAAAUCGGUAAAAAUAUUAAAUUUAAACCAUUAUUAGAAGAUAAAGAAUAUUUUUCAAAAUUAUCAUCGAAAUAUCCAUUAUAUCGAACACCAACAAUGACAAUAUAUCGGCAUUUAUAUUUAACCGAACGAUCGAGAACUGGUUUAAAUACAGCUGGGAUACCGGGAAUGUCACGUGUUUCAAAUCCAGAAAUGUUGUGGAAUAAAUAUUGUGGAUUUACAACGCCAAUUGAUCAAUUAUUGGAAGAGCCUCCUGGAGGAUUAUAAACGA